AUGGACGCGGCAGCGCCAGCGCCUAUCGCAAACUUGUUCGGGCUGACGCAAUAUGACGGCCUGACGAACUUUUUCGGCGACCAGAACUUUGAUUACAAUGGUUACGUUCUUCCAAAGUCAGCUGGAUGGAUCGUGGUGAUCUUGUUUGGCGCCGUCUUUGCUCUCCUGGCAGUAUUCCUGGUGUGGGUAGACAUCAAGUUUGCUGGAGCGGUGUACAACUCGGAGCAGUUCAACACCGCGGGCCGUAGCAUUGGUACGGGUCUGCUGGCGGUGGACAUUGUGUCCCACUGGACAUGGGCUUCCAUUCUGCUCACCAGCGUCAGUUACGGCUACUUCUACGGCAUUACGGGCUCCUACUGGUUUGCUGUCAAUGACGCGGCCAUCAUUGUCCUCUUUGCGGUGGUGGCGCUUGAGCUGAAAUACAAGGCGCCCAAAGCACACACCCUUCUGGAACUGGUGUAUGUCAGAUGGGGGCGGGAGGCACACUUGAUCUUCUUCGUCUUUGCUGUGGUCACCAACCUGCUGGUGUCCCUCUCCAUGCUCCAAGGCUGCGUCAGCGCUGUGAACGCCCUCACCGGCGUCAGUGUCUACGCCAUGAGCUUCCUGAUUCCCCUCGGAGUGGUCUUCUACGCUGCCAUUGGCGGGCUGAAGGCCACGUUUACCACCAGCUACAUGCACACAGUCAUCGUGUAUGGAGUCACCCUCUUCUUCCUCUUCAAGGCAUGCCCUAUAGUGUUUGUGCCGGGAGGAGUCUACCAAGUGUUUGUGCCGGGAGGCAUGCUGAACGGCAUCGAUGAUGUGUACAACCGGCUGCAGGUGAUGUCAGCAAACCUACCCGUGCCUCAACAGAAGGGUGGAAGCUACCUCACCAUGUUCUCGCUGGGCGGAUUCGAGUUUGAGAUCAUCUUCUUCUUCUCCGCUCUCAGCCAGAUGUUUGUCGACCAGGCCUACUGGCAAUCAGCCAUCGCUGCAAGAGCCACGUCAGCAGUCAAGGGCUACUUUUUGGCGUCCUUCCUGUUCCUGGGCAUUGUUUUUGCGCUCCCGGUGGCGCUCGGCUCAGCCGCACUGGCACUCGACCUUCCAGUGUCGACAGACGAAGCUUUGGGCGGAUUAGUCAUGCCUGCAGCCGCCUACGUGCUCAUCGGCAAAGCAGGUGCUGUGCUGGUGAUUGUGAUAGUCUUCAUGGCUGUGACUUCCUCUGGUGCGUCCGAGAUGGUUGCAGUGUCUUCGCUCUUCACCUUUGAUGUAUACCGCCGCUACAUCAAACCCGAGGCGACCGGUCAGCAGCUGGUGCGAGUGUCGCGCAUCGGCGUUUGUGUGUGGGCGGUCAUUAUGGGAAUUGCCAUGACUAUUGCCCAAGCCGCCAGCAUCAAUGUCAACUGGCUCAUCACAAUCAUCGGUGUGUUUGUGGGGGGCGCUGUUCCGCCGCUGGCCGCUCUGCUGACGUGGCGGAGAUGUACCGGCCCGGCAGCCGUCACCGGUGCCGUGCUUGGCAGCAUGUGCGGCAUUGCUGGCUGGCUGGCUUGUGCCAAGAUCCAGAACGGAGAAAUCACAAUCGCCACCACCGGCCUGAAUCCCCCUCUGCUGACGGGCAACAUUGUGUCAAACGGCAUCUCUCUAAUCAUCAUCAUUACUGUCAGCCUCAUCUUCCCUGACAAGCAGCCCUUCCAAUGGGAAGCCUUCAAGGAGAAGAUCACAACCUCGGAAUCCACGGUGAAGAAGGCCGGUGCGCUGGAUGCUUCCUCUGUGGAGAGCGAGGCCGAGAUGGCGCAGAUCGCUCGCAUCAGAAAGCCCACGCACAUCGCAGUUGCGGUCAUCUUCAUUCUGUCCAUGUUCGUGUGGCCGCUGCUGUCGCUGCCAGCCGGCAUCUUCAGCCUGGCCUACUUCCGCUUCUACGUGGUGCUGGCGUUCAUCUUCCUGAUACUCGCAUCCAUCAUCGGCACCUUCUGGCCAAUCUGGGAGGCGCGGGACCUCUUUUCCAAGGUCCUCACCGGACGCACCUUCCAGGAGAACGUCGACCGCAGCUUUGGCGGCAGCCGGAACGCAUCGGCAAAGGGCGGCGCGGCUGCGGUUGUGCCAAACGACGACACAGCCCACAAGACAAGGUUCAAGGCAGACAUUGACGAAUCCAAGAUCCCUGAUGCACCCAUCAAGGCCGAACCAUGA